GAAGCAGUGAUAGAAGAAUCUAUAGCAUCAGCGGGCUGCGUUUUAAUCAAUUAAAAGUCGGUCGUGUAAAACAAUGCAGCCGCUGGCUGGCAGCAGCAGCCGUUGCCUCUCAGCUGGUACUGGUUGUCCGCGCACAACCAGAUGUGGAAGCGUAUACGGACGUGGGUGGUAUCCAGAGUCAAUCGAACAAAUUCUGAACGCAAGCGCACACAAGCCAAGCAAAAACGAAGAAGCAAAGCAAAAAUAGCAACAGCAACAGCAACAGCAAAAACAAAGUUCAGGGUCAUGGUCAGGCAGCUGCUUUAGGGAGUUAUUAGUGUUAAAGAGUUGGUAAACAGUUUAACGUGGACAUAACUGGGCCCUCAGCAUGUCGAGCGACUCAUCCCCGGAUAGCGAAGGCGAACUGUACGAUCCGUUGGCCGACGAGCUGCACAAUGUGCAGCUGGUGAAGCAUGUGACCAGAGAGAACAUUGAUGCGCUCAAUGCAAAGUUCGCCAAUCUCCAAGAGCCGCCAGCCAUGUACUUAACAGAAUACCAGGAGCUGACCUCCAAGCUGCACGAGCUGGAGGCCAAGGAGCACGAGCUGAUGGAGCAGCUGAAUGCACUGCAGCAGGAGGACGAAUGCCGUAGUCAGAGCGAGGCGCAGCAGCAGUCGCUGCAGUCAGCGUCGCAGCUAAUUGGGGAUCGCUCCGAUCAGCCGCACUAUCAAAACCAGACGCAAAUCCUACAGCAACAGCGUCAAUUGGCGCGCAUUGCGCCCGAGCUGAGCGACAGUCUGGUCUCCAGCUCGGGCAUUGGCUCUACGGUUAGCGGCAGCGGCUCCGGGCCCGGCUCGGGCACGGCCAGCCAAUGCGGCACACUGACCCGGCAGCCCAAGGUGCUGCUGCGCGCCCAUUUGCCCAACCAGCAGCGCACCUCCGUCGAGGUGGUGGCCGGCACUCGGCUCUGCGAUGCCCUGAUGAAGGCUUUGACCCUGCGCCAGCUGGAGCCGUUCAUGUGCGAGGUGAGCACAACGCAGCACAGCGGACGACAUAUCAUACCGUGGAACACGGACAUUGGCACGCUGCACGUCGAGGAGAUCUAUGUGCGACUGCUGGACAAGUUCCCCUUGGGGCCGUACAUCAAGCAUCAGUUCAUACGCAAGACCUUCUUCUCGCUGGUCUUCUGCGAGGGCUGUCGCCGCCUCCUGUUCUCGGGCUUCUAUUGCAGCCAAUGCAACUUUCGCUUCCAUCAGCGCUGCGCCGGCCGCGUGCCCAUGCUGUGCCAGCCCUUCUCCGUGGACAGCUACUACGAACGUCUGCUCUCCUCGUACCCAGAGAACUCGGUCGGCUUGCCCGUCGGACGCAGCAGUGCCGUGCGCUUCAACGUGAGCAGCCGCAGAUGCAGCAGCAGCGGCAGCAGCACCACCACGACAACCACCACCACCACCAACAGCUCGAAGCCCACUGUCAAUCGACAGGGUCGUCCGCCGCGCAUCAGCCAGGACGAUCGUUCCAAUUCCGCGCCCAAUGUUUGCAUCAACAGCAUCCGGCCGCUGACAACCGAGACGCAGCGCAGCCUCAUCAUGCAGGCCAGGCCCCCAUUGCCGCAUCCCUGCACAGAUCACUCGAACUCGACGCAGUCAUCACCCACCAGCACGCUGAAGCACAAUCGACCGCGCGCCCGUUCCGCGGAUGAGAGCAACAAGAAUCUGCUCUCGAGGGAUGCCAAAAACUCUGAAGAGAAUUGGAAUAUACAAGCGGAGGAGAUAUUGAUUGGGCCACGCAUCGGUUCGGGCUCUUUCGGAACUGUUUAUCGCGCCCAUUGGCAUGGACCCGUUGCCGUGAAGACGCUCAAGGUGAAGACACCCAGCCCGGCACAGCUGCAGGCGUUCAAGAAUGAAGUGGCCAUGCUGAAGAAGACGCGCCACUGCAACAUCCUGCUGUUCAUGGGCUGCGUAUCGAAGCCAUCGCUGGCCAUUGUCACCCAGUGGUGCGAGGGCAGCAGCCUUUACAAGCACGUCCAUGUCAGCGAGACGAAGUUCAAGCUCAACACGCUCAUCGACAUUGGCCGUCAGGUGGCACAGGGCAUGGACUAUCUGCAUGCCAAGAACAUAAUACACAGGGAUCUCAAGACGAACAACAUUUUCCUGCACGAGGAUCUGUCGGUGAAGAUUGGGGAUUUCGGUUUGGCCACCGCGAAGACGCGCUGGUCCGGCGAGAAGCAGGCCAAUCAGCCGACGGGCAGCAUUCUGUGGAUGGCGCCGGAGGUGAUACGCAUGCAGGAACAGAAUCCCUAUUCAUUUCAAUCGGACGUCUAUGCGUUCGGCAUAGUCAUGUACGAGCUGCUGGCCGAGUGCCUGCCGUAUCGGAACAUUAGCAACAAGGAUCAGAUACUGUUUAUGGUCGGACGCGGUCUGCUGCGACCCGACAUGACCCAGGUGCGUUCCGAUGCGCCGCAGGCAUUGAAACGCCUGGCCGAGGACUGCAUCAAAUACAAUCCCAAGGAGCGUCCGCUCUUCCGGCCGCUGCUCAACAUGCUCGAGAACAUGCUGCGCACAUUGCCCAAGAUUCAUCGCAGCGCCAGCGAGCCAAAUCUAACGCAAUCCCAGCUGCAAAACGAUGAUUUCCUCUACAUGUGCCCCAGCCCCAAGACGCCGGUCAACUACAACAAUUUCCAAUUCUACAACAGCGCUGGCAACAUCUAAGGGCCACAUCCAGUAG